AUGUUCCGCAACCAGUUCGACACGGACUGCAUCACAUGGUCGCCCGCCGGCCGGAUUCACCAGAUCGAGUACGCGAUGGAGGCGGUUAACGUGGGCAGCGCGGCGAUCGGCCUGCGCUCGGGCAAGUACGCCGUCGUCGCAACGCUCAAGCGCUCCGCCUCCGAGCUCUCCUCCUACCAAAAGAAGAUUUUCAAGGCGCGGCGCAUGGCCGACCAUAAGGUGGCGGUGCCAUCUAGCCUGCUGGACAUUGUCAUUGAGUAG